CAGAUCUCCGGCCAACAUAUCCUCUGUCGUCUCGAGACUCCCUUGCUAGAUUGGUGUCCUUAUUGGGUCCUGAAUCAGCGGCGGCGGCGAGAGGACAAAGAGAAGAUGAGGAGAAGUAGCUCGCAGACGACAGAAAUGAAAAAGAUCGAGAGGAUUUCUUUGGUUCAUAAAGGGCAAGCAGCAGAUAGCUAUGGAGGAGGUAUCGUCACCCUCAUCUCUAAUCUGAUCUGGGUUCUAAGUGUUCCUCUCCAAUCCACAUGCUCAUAUCUGGGAGAGUAUGGAACCUCUACUUCUGAUCUCCGACAACGAAUCGACGGUUGCGCAUCCCUUGGAAGUCAAGACGUCGAUAAUGGUGGUGUGCUUGAAUCUGUGCUCCUUCAUGCGGGCCAUUGGGAGGAUAAAACAUGGAUGCAGAUAGAGCUGGUAUAUCCGGUAUAACAAUAUUCCACCUAUUAUUUACCGGGAAUGGAUCGGUAUACCGAUAAAUGGAUUUCCCCUACCACGUACCGCUACCACCGGUUAACUGUACAAUCGGUAAUUGCUAGUUACCAGUUUGGUUACCGGUUAUACCGAUAACUAGCAAACCUUUUAUCACCCCUAAUCCACAACAAAAGGAAGUCGAAGGAAUUAAUGCGGUACAAACCCCAUUUUGACCUAUUGUUCCUAGUAUUAAUAUGAGCAACUCAUUACCAAAUUUUCCAAUAGUUGCUAGUCUCUGGGAAAUUAGUAGGAUUGAGCCUUACGGUACUAACAGUUUAAUAACUAUCUUUGUAGCUCCAAAAUAUUUCAUUUUAUGCUCCCACCUUCAAUCCAUAGAUGGAUCAACUGAUCAGUCAUCUCCAAACACCGACAUGGCUGACUGAUGAUAGCAAUCGCCGCCGUACAAGGUGAGAAAUCUUCGUUUGCACGUUCUUAAUGCAUUCGAAUAUCAUUUGUGGUGGUUGCCAAGAUUGGUUGUUGUUGUCCAUAUGUCGGUUCCAAAUAGACAUUGAGAUCCAUCAACUUUGUGCCGUUUUACAUGUCCCCUAAUUAUUCUGUUUAGGUUGAGAUAUUACCUUGUGUGUGAUUGGUUUGCUUGGGGACAAGCACACGUCCAAGUGUGGGGAAGUUUGAUUCGGGCAUAAUUACACAUGUUUUUACCCCAUCUUAUUGUGUUGUUUAUGGCAUUUACGUGGCUCGAGGUUCAAUUUUAUGCUAGGUUUGUGUGUGUUCUAGCAUGUUUCAGAUCUUAGCAUGUGUGGAAUUGUCCUCGGGAGAGAAAAUUGAAUGAAAGAGGGCGCAAAUGGAGCAAAAUGGACAAACACGCAGAGAUCACGCCCAAGGAGCAAUUAUCACAAUAAACCGACCAUGAAGAUGGAGCCCAGACCGUAAAGAUCGUCAACUCCCAGAAGACUUUGCACAUCUCGCGAGCAAGUUAGUCGUCACAGUCACCAGACCGUGACAAUUUCCAUCCAGCCGUGAAGUCAAUUAAUGAAAUGGCGCACUUUGGAUCGAGAUCACGAGCAGACUUGCAACAUCACGAGCGUGACAAUCAACCGUGAAAAGCAGUGUAGAGAGAGAUUGGGUUCAUCUUCUUCAGGUAGAGAAAGAAAGUCACGAACCAAAGAACAAAGAAGAAGGUUUUGACCUACCCAAUGAUUGAAGAGCGGAGAUUUCUCCUCCACGGAGGCAAUCCAAACACUUAGAAGGGAAGAGAAACAUCUUACCAUGGUUGUUUUCUCCAUCUUUGUUGUAUUCCUUUCUUUGUUUUAUUAGUACCUUGUCUAGAAAGAUAGUGGAGGUAGGAGAAAGUUCUUCCCUUUCAUAUGCCUGAGGAUUAACAUAGAUUGAAGCGAAGUUCCAUGGUUGAAAGCUCAAGCCUUGCAUUGACAAACUAACAAAUUGAGAAGUGAUGAUUAGAUAAGUUAUAAAUUAAUUAUUUGAUAUUGAACCAAAGUAAAAAGUGUUAUAAACUAGGUAUUUAUAUUAAAAAUUGUUAUUUUCGCUUAAAACACUAAUGUGUCACAUAAGACCACCCACAAUGUGGGAGGGAAAGGAGGGUGGGGAAGGGUUUGGCCACAAUGGGAUGAGGGAAAAGUGAUAAUCGGCUUUAAUAUAUCGGAUUUUUGAAC